UACUGUUUGCUUAGUCUCAUCCUCUUCUCUUUCUAUAACAGAGAUCCAUCUCUUCUCUGCAUAAAUAAAACGGCCCAAUGUUCACGAUCUUGAUGACACACGCACCGGCGUCAGAGUCAGAACACAGACUCAAACUCAGUGAUUUAGAGAAACAGAAAGAAGGAAUCUUUCUUUCAUGGGCCUUAACCUUUCUGUUCUUCAAUGGCAAAUUCUCUCUGCCUCAUAUCCAUACCUAUCAUCAAUACUAGCACCCAUCUUCUUCUUCUGAUUCUCCAUCGUUUGCCCAUUACUGGGCUUCAUCUUCUCCUUAUCUUCCUCCAUUCUCUCUUAUAACUUUCAUUACCUUGCCGGUUAUCCCGGUAUCUCAGUUUCUUUUUCUGAUUGUUUCUUUUGGAAAUCUGUUCCCGCAGUCUUCUUUCUCCAAUUUUCUGGAGGAUAAGAACUUUUUCUCAUUAGCUUUGACAUAGGACAGCUUUUGCUUUAAUAAAAAUAGAUAAAUCCAAAUUUUUCUAUAACUCUCUCCUGAUAAAAAGUAUUUUCCCAUAUUCUGUUUGGUGGGAACAAGUGGGCAUCAAUAAAAAAGAAUUCCACUUUGAAUAUUCAAGAAUCCUUAAAUUUUACCCUAUCGAGAAUUUCGAUGGCAUCGGUGUUUUUAUAUCAUGUCGUGGGAGAUCUAACGGUGGGGAAGCCGGAAAUGAUGGAAUUUUACGAGACUGGGACGGUCGAAUCUGCGAUUCGGGCAAUUGGAGAGUCGACGGAGUGCGGUAUUCCUGUUUGGAAGAGGAGAACUCAUGUGGGUAUGAUCGAGAAUAGCGAAAUGAGGCAACAGAGGUUUGUGGGUAUCCUUAAUUCUCUUGAUAUUGUGGCCUUUUUAGCUAAAGCUCAGUGCUUGGAGGAUCAGGAGAAGGCCAUGAAUACGCCUGUCUCUGAGGUGGUUAUUCCUAAUAACUCUCUAUUGAAACAGGUUGAUCCUGCUACAAGAUUGAUUGAUGCAUUGGAGAUGAUGAAGCAAGGUGUUAGGCGUCUUCUUGUCACCAAGGGCACGGCAUGGAAAGGCAUGAGCAAACGAUUCUCAAUUCUCUAUAAUGGCAAGUGGCUUAAGAAUGCUGAUUCUGCCAACAGCAGCAGCAACAACCUCAGUACCAAUACCAGCAGCAACAGCCUCAGCAUCAACAGCAACAGCCUCAGUAUCAACACCAACCGUCCUUCCACAUCUUCCACAACUUCUAGCCAUGACAAAUUCUGCUGUCUCUCUAGAGAAGAUGUCAUCCGUUUUGUGAUUGGCUGCCUCGGUGCUCUUGCUCCACUCCCUCUUUCACCCAUCUCUUCCCUUGGAGCCAUUAACUUGAACUACUGUUCAAUUGAGGCUUCUCUUCCAGCCCUCAAAGCUACAGAAGUGCAACCGAAAGAUCCCUGUGCAGUUGCCGUUGUGGAGCCCAUGCCAGAUGGACAAGGUAAGAUUAUAGGGGAAAUAUCAGCCUCCAGGUUAUGGAAAUGUGAUUAUUUGGCUGCAGCAUGGGCUUUAGCCAAUCUGUCAGCAGGGCAGUUUGUGAUGGGAGUUGAAGAUAAUUUGACUCCAAGAUCACUCCCUGACUUGACAGUCAACUCAACGGUUGGCGAUAACAACAUGGUUAAUGGUGGUGGAUUAACAAGAGCAAGGACAUUCAGCAGCCGGAGCAUUGGCUUUAAUCCAGGAAGCUCAAGUUUUGGAAUUGGCAGGAGCAUGUAUAGGGGCAGAAGUGCACCCCUAACAUGUAAAACUACAAGUUCCCUAGCUGCAGUCAUGGCUCAGAUGCUGUCCCACAGGGCAACUCAUGUAUGGGUGACGGAAGAUGACAACGAUGAUGUUUUAGUCGGGGUGGUUGGUUAUGCAGACAUUCUAUUUGCUGUAACCAAACCACCUGCAUCCUUUAUUCCCCUUAAUCCAUCUGCAGAAGGUUUUAUAAAUGAAAUUCAAAACUGAAAAAUUCUAUUUAUUUUAUGUGUAUUUCUUCUGUAAUCGAUAGGUAAUAUGCUUGAGCAAUUUUGGAUGUUUGAGAUGUCGGUUUUUGUGGGGUUUCUUGUAAGUUUUUCCAUGAGUUUUGUCAUACUGUGAUAAUUAAAAUAAUAUCAUAAUGCAAUUUGUUAGACCUUAA